AGAGAAUGUAAUUUGUUUAAAAAAAAAAAAGAAAAAGAAAAAGAAAAAUGAAAGCCCCUCUCGCUUUCUCUUUCUCCUCCUUCUCCUCUCUUGGCUCUCACAAACAUCGUCGAAACACAAACGAAGCUUCAAAUUAAAACCAUUAUCUGAAGCCUACCAACCAAACAAUUAAAAACCCUAAUUCAUGUAAUUAUCAGCUUAAUCCCAAUCCAAUUUCCAGUUAAGCAAUGAAAUUAUCGCAAUUCGCGGUUACCGCUCGAGUUUUCUAGAAAGAGAGAGCGAUGCCGAGCGUCACCGUGAAGCUCUACAGCGUGUUCUUCAAGUUUCUCUUGAAAAACCGUUUGCAGAACCGGAUUCAAGCCCCAGCCGAAGUAUCCCACCCGUUUGGCGUCACCACCCGACCCGACGAAUCCGUAACCGCUGCUAACCCUUCUUUCUCCGACGGCGUUGCCACUAAAGAUAUCCACAUCGACCCCUUCACCUCUCUCUCCGUUCGAAUUUUCCUUCCCGAAUCAGCACUCGCCCCUCCCGAACCUGACUUCAAACCUCCCCCUCCCAAGCCUAACUCCAAACCUCACAGACCGCCGCACCUCGAUACGACGCCGCAGCGGAGAAACAGUUACGGUCCCUCGGUUUUGUCGCCGAGAGAAGAGAAAUCGCGGAGGAACAGUGUCGGUGACGCCGCGGGUUUGAAUUCGAUGGCCAACGGCGCGUACCGGGGCUACGCGCCAGCGAUGGAUAAUCGUCGGAGAAAAUUGCCGGUGAUUUUGCAGUUUCACGGCGGUGGUUGGGUGAGUGGGAGCAACGAUUCCGUCGCCAAUGAUUUCUUCUGCCGGCGGAUCGCAAAGCUCUGUGACGCGAUUGUCGUCGCCGUCGGGUACCGGCUCGCGCCGGAGAGUCGGUACCCGGCGGCGAUGGAGGACGGUUUGAAGGUGUUGAAUUGGUUGGCGAAACAGGCGAAUUUGGCGGAGUGUGGUAAAUCGUUGGGGGUGAAGAAAUUGGAGAGUCUUCGGAAGGAUAUUGUUGUUGAUUGCUUUGGAGCUUCGAUGGUUGAGCCUUGGUUAGCUGCUCAUGGAAAUCCAUCAAGGUGUGUUCUUCUUGGUGUGAGUUGUGGUGCAAAUAUUGCAGACUAUGUGGCUAGGAAAGCUGUAGAAGCAGGCAAACUUCUGGACCCUGUCAAGGUGGUGGCGCAGGUCCUGAUGUAUCCAUUUUUUGUAGGAAGUGUGCCCACUCGUUCUGAAAUAAAGUUGUCAAACUCUUACUUUUAUGACAAAGCUAUGUGUAUGCUAGCAUGGAAAAUAUUCCUACCUGAGGAAGAGUUUAACCUGGACCAUCCAGCCGCCAAUCCUCUAGUCCCAGGUCAGGGUCCUCCUUUAAAGCUGAUGCCUCCAACAUUGACAGUGGUGGCUGAACAUGACUGGAUGAGGGACCGGGCCAUUGCAUACUCAGAGGAGCUUAGGAAGGUGAAUGUUGAUGCACCUGUUUAUGAGUAUAAGGAUGCAGUCCAUGAAUUUGCAACACUUGACAUACUACUCAAAAGCCCUCAGGCCCAGGCUUGUGCAGAGGACAUUGCCAUCUGGGUCAAGAAAUAUAUUUCGCUUCGGGGUCAUGAAUUCUCAUAUUGAGUAGGACAUUCCAGGGAUUAAGAUGGUCAGUGAGAAAAUCUUUCGCCAUUUUUGAAAUUAUCUUAAGGUCACCUUCUGCUACCAGUAGACCUGGGGGAUAUGUGAUUAUAUUACACGAUUUAUGUUGAUGCUUGACAAGGUCUUGCUGUCCUAGUUGUUGACCGGUUCCAUCACUUCCCUGUUCCCUCCACCUGUCAGUUCUUGUUGUAAGAUAGAGUUGUUUGAGAUCGGGAUUAGUUGAGUCAGUGAGAUGCAUUUACCUCAUGCACACCACAUUUGGGGGUCCCUGUUCCAUUUUUUCUUGUGUAUUAUGAUGUACUAUUUCUCAUGAAAAGAUAUAAAAUUUAGUGCUCUAUUCUUUUAGCAUUAGGAUCACUAUGAGUUCAUAGUUAAAUUUUGUACAAGAGACGAGUUGUUGCUUCUUCGAUAAGAUUAAGAUUUCAGAUUAAAAAAAAGAAUUCCCCAUGAGAUACCUCUUAGGGAUGAUCUAGGAUGGAGAUAUGUAGUUUCUUUAAUAAUAUUUACCAAAAGCUAAGGCCAACUUUGCUUAGUUUACUUUGUUGGCCACAAUGUUUGGCUUCAAUUAAGGACAAUUGUUUCAUCAUUAUCUUCUUGUUGAUUGCUAACUUUUAGUCGCACAAUCCCACUAUAAAUAUGCCAUGAUCUUCACAGAAUUGCCUCGGCUAUUAUCACAAAUAUUGAGGUAAUUGCCCGCACAUUCCUCCCCUUGAAUUUCUUGGGGUAGGGAACCAUGUAGAGGUUCAGUCCAGAUAGAGAACCUCUCAUGAAACAAAAAGAUGGGAUCAGCUGUUUUUUGUGGUUAUAACUUGAAACCAUCUUCAUACCCGAGCCGAGCCGAACUGCUUUGGCUUGUUGGUCUCAAUAUUGGAAGCACUUUGAGGGAAGGGAGCCACUCUGACCCAUUGGGGUAUUGUCAGAUUGAUAAAUCUGUCAUAUCUUCUGGGCUUGUUUGCAUAGGUGGCAUCUCUGCUAACUGUCUUGUAACCAUGAGUUCACUUUGACGUGACUAUGGUUGCGGUUAGGUCUUAUGUUACUUUCAAAUGU